AUAAUAUAAAGAAUGGUGAAAUUCGUCCAAGUCCUAAUAACAUCAAUGGUUUAUUAAAUACAAGAUUACCACAAACUGCAGAUGAAGCUUGCAAAUUUGUUAAAGCAGCUGAAUAUUAUAGAAAAUUCAUACCAAAAUUUUCUCAAAUAGCAGAACCACUUCGAAAAUUCGUUCCAACUACAAGAACCCAACAAAAGAAAGGACAAAAAACUUUAAUUACAUUAACCAAUGAUGAAUUAAAAGCAUUCGACCAACUUAAACAAAUUCUUACGACAGAUAUGGUAUUACGACUUCCAAAUAACAGAUUCCCUUUUAAAGUACAAACUGGUGCAUCUGAUGAGGGAAUCGGUGCAGUAUUAUUACAAAUCUAUCCAGAAGGAGAUAGACCAAUUGCAUAUCUUUCAAAGAAAUUUACUCAAGCUCAACGUAAAUGGUCUCCUAUAGAACAAGAAUGUUAUGGAUUUAUUUGUGCAUUAGAUAAAUGGCAUAAUUAUUUAAGUGGAAUUAAAUUUGUUUGGGAAACUGAUCACAAAGCAUUAACACAAUUAAAUCAAAAGGCUCAAAUUAAUAAACGAAGUGAACGAUGGAGAUUAAAAAUUUUGGAAUAUGAUUACAAGGUUAAAUAUAUUCCUGGAUUAACAAAUUCUAUGCCUAAUUAUUUAUCAAGAUCUCCAGUUGAUGAUGCUGAAGAAGAUCCCGAUGAAAUUUCACUUCUUAUUUCAAAAUCAACACAAACCAAUUUUUUAGAUAUUAACAAUCAAUCGCCUGUCGUUACCGCUGUUCAAACUCGUGCUAUGAAAUUACGAAAUUCAACUUCGAAGGAAAAAAAUGAUACAACAAUAUUAACAUCAGAUACUCCAGUCGAAGAGAAUCGAAUAAUUCCAUUUUCAAUCGAACAAGUAAUGCAAGCACAGCAAGAUGAUAAUUAUGUAAAAAAUAUUAUUUACAAUAUUAAAAAACAUACAAAAUACUUUAUAAAAAAUAAUAUCUUAAUGCGUCGAUUAAAUCCUCCAGUUCCCUCUGUACCACAAGGUGAACUUCGUCAAACGAUAUUAAAAAUUUAUCAUGAUACCGCAGCAACUGGUGCUCAUUUCGGAAGAGAUAAAACCCUACACAAAAUUAAAACACGUUAUUUUUGGCCUUCCAUGUAUAAAGAUAUUAACAAUUAUAUAAAAUCAUGUGUUCUUUGUGCCCAAUGUAAUCCUCGUCGGCACAAAACUCCUGGUAAAUUACGACCAAAUGAACCUCCAGAUGGAGUAUGGCAAUUAGUAUCUAUGGAUGUUCAUGGUCCUAUUAACCCAGCAUCUCGUCGGGGAAACAAAUUUAUUAUAUCUUUUACUGAUAUCUUAUCAAAAUUUAUGGUUACAAAAGCAGUACGUGAUAAUACUGCUCAAACAGCUGUUAAAUUUCUUAAAGAAGAUAUUAUCUCAAAAUUCGGUACACCUAAUUGUAUAUUAACGGACAAUGGUACACAUUUUGCAUCAUCUAUGAUGAACGAAUUAAUAAAAGAAAUUGGAUCAACACAUUUAUACUCAACGCCAUAUCAUCAUCAAACUAAUGGACAAGUUGAAAGAUAUAAUUCAACAAUGGAUUCAAAAAUUGCAGCUUUAUCAAAUUUGCGAAAAAUCGAUUGGGAUGAUCAAUUACCAUUCGUAACAUUCAAUUACAAUACAUCAAUUCAUUCUUCGACCAAACAAGUCCCGUUUGAAAUGAUGUAUGGUCGAAUACCUAUAUUACCAAUCGAUUAUCAAGAAGAUAAUGUUACAAUUUCAUAUGAUGAUGAACAUAUCAAGAAACUUAAUCAGUUCUUACAAAAAUUAAAUGAACAAGCCAAAAUUAACAUUAUUAAAAAUCAAGAACGAUAUAAACAACGUUAUGAUACAAAUCGUUCUGAUCCAGCUUAUGAUAUCGGUGAUCUUGUCCUCAUUAAAACAAACAACACCCGUUACAAAUUUGACAUUCGUUAUGAAGGGCCAUACAGAAUUACUAAAAAAUUUACACCAAAAACAUUUAUUAUUCAACACAUCAAGAAACCAACUUUAUAUCGUCAGGUUACAACUGAUGUGUUAUUACCAAUUUUUCAACGAACUUAUUAA